GUUCUCGUAGCUGGACACCACAGAUGAAGCCGAGCUGUUUUGGUUUUUGGCGUUAAGUCUGUUUGCUCGUUUGCGAGCGUCUUUUGAAAUAUAAUACAACGCUAAAUAAAACAAUCUAAUAUAACGAUAAAUAAAACAAUCUCUCCCUCCAUUAGAAAAAUAUACAACUGGUAGAUAAUUUGAAUGCUGAGCCUCCAAACACGAUGGUGUAUCGUUGUUGUGCAUAUAACUGUAAAAACACUGCGAGGAUCAAGAGUCUCUCAUUCCACAAAUUCCCACUGAAAGACCCCAACUUGCUGAAAAAGUGGCUUAACAAUUUAAGAUGGAAAGAUUGGAAACCUGCUCCAAACAGUAAAAUCUGCUCCAUCCACUUUGAAAAGAAGUGUUUGAUUGAAGAUGGGAAGAGAACAAGACUUCAUUCAUGGGCUGUGCCGACCAUUUUUUCAUUCCCAAAUCGAUAUCUAGAAAGAAAGGUUAAAAUCAAUCCUAGAAGCAGAAGAGCUUUGGGAAUUGUUGCCGACUCAAAUUCAUCUGGUCAAGCAGCACCUGAUGUGACAGCAGAAACCUCGCAGAAGUCUAACUCAGAAAAGCCUGAGCACAGAACUACAGAGAGUUUACAGCCGAACACUACCAAAAGUAGUUCUAGCCAGACGAGAACAGACCCAAAGAGCGUUUCCACACAGCAACUGACAGAACCGGAAAAAAGUCCACCGUGGACCAUCCUGGGUGAUGAAGCUCUCGACAGAAGCAUGACUAUACCCAGUUUCUUUCACAGUGGAUAUUGUUUGCCCAGUAACAUCCACUGGGCUGGAGAUGAGGAAUUAAAUAUUAUGCCGCAUGUGGCUUAUGGAGUUUUAGGACAAAUGAAACCCCAUAUCAUCGAGGUUAAAGAGAGGUGGGAAUGGCUUGGGCUGGAUGUUAGAGGCCCGUUCUCUCCGACAGUAGACCGGCACACGCACAUCAUGACCCUGACUGACUACCAUUCCAAAUGGGUGGAAGCUUUUCCUUUGACUCAGAAUCUCAGUCAGGAUGUGGCCAAGUGUCUCGCUGAAGUCAUCAAUCAGCAGGGAUACCCUCUCGGAAUUCUCUCCCGGCUUCCCAGGCGGAUCCUCAUGGAAGUUAAUCGUGAGUUGAAGAAUCGCCUGAGGUUGAAUUCAAGCGCCUUAGUCAUACAUCACCGGCAAACUGGUUACAUGGACUUGGUCACCGAAUCACUUCUAAAUGAGAUGCUGGAUGAGCUGGUGAAAAAGCACGGCAGCAUCUGGCAUAUCCUCCUCCCUGCUGCUACUCUGCGCCUCUGCUGCACCAAUCACCCCACUACCAAAGAGAAACCCUUCACCCGCAUGUGUGCCAGUGACCCGCCGUUCUCAUCCGCACCCAGAGAACUGCCUUACAGUGCUACUGAUGUUCGCUUGAGUUCUUUUGUCAUCCCAACCACUGAUGCCAGCAAUCUAGGAGCUGUGUCAGACACUUCGGUGCAAUCUCUGAAGGAUCACAUUUUUUCCCAGUAAAGAAACUAAACAUUUUGUCACGUUUACUUGACCUCAAAAUUUCACAUACACUUUGCAGUACUGCAAAAUGUAAUUAUUUUACCAAAAUGAGACGAAAUAAGAGA